AUAUUUUGAUAUCCAACAGUGAGCUUCUUCAUUCACCUAACAGUGAAUCAAGACCUUGAAAAAAUCUUUGUUUAGAACCCCCCGGCCGACUGGUGAGAUUUUGACAGGAGUAUACAAGGAGAACUUGCAGCGCUUAUUCUAACACCGAGCAACCUGGGUCUGCCUCUCAGCAGAUUCUGAAGUUUACAAACAGCAGAUUCCUGUUUGACUUCGUGGUCAGCCGGGGACCACGGGACUCUGUAAAACACUGGACAUCGUUACUUUUUCGUGUGGUGAAGUUGAUCAUUCAGGAGAAUGAUAAACCCGUUCCUGGAGACCAGUUCACACCUGGGUGCCGGGGCCUUAAAACUGAGCCCUCCAAAUCAUAUGAACGAUGCAGGGUACCUGCAUGGACAUUCCAAUCAAUUCAGUGUCCCCUCAAGCGGGUAUGGAGUACCUUAUUCACAUCAUGUAAACAGCUACGCGGCACGGGAUCUUCUUCGUCGACGUCCAGAUCAUUUACCUAUUAAUGUACAUGACUCAAAUGGAAAUGGACACACCGGAAUGUUCGGAACACCCUCGGGAUCCUUCCACUCCCAUCCCUCGGAUAACCAUAUGCUGUUGUCCGGACUCCAGGAUCCCCCAAACUUUUCCUCCGGACACCACAUAUCAAACAGAUUGGGAUUUCCCUCUGAUACGUACACUCGUAUGGAUCAGUACCACCCCAUGGUGUCUCAGAGACCUGAACAUUACCCACAACCCCAGGGGUUUAAUGUACCCUCUGUGGGGGGCCUUAACUCAAUGAAUAUUGGGUCCAAUGGACCAGGGGCAUUUCUUCGAUAUAUGAGACAUCCAAUAAAACAGGAACACACGUGUUUGUGGAUAGACAAAGAACAACCUGAACCCAAGAAUCCUUGCAAUAAAGUGUUCACCACCAUGCAUGAAAUCGUCAACCACAUCUCUGUUGACCACGUUGGGGGUCCUGAGCAGGCUGACCAUACAUGUCUGUGGCAGGAAUGUGCCCGGAAUGGGAGGCCCUUCAAGGCCAAGUAUAAAUUAGUUAACCAUAUUCGAGUCCACACCGGAGAGAAACCAUUUCCCUGCCCAUUCCCAGGCUGUGGAAAAGUUUUCGCACGAAGCGAGAAUCUUAAAAUUCACAAAAGAACCCACACAGGAGAGAAGCCAUUCCAGUGUGAAUUCCCCGGAUGUGACCGCAGGUUUGCCAAUAGUUCUGAUCGUAAGAAACACAGCCAUGUUCACACGAGCGACAAGCCAUACCUCUGCAAGUUCCGUGGCUGCGACAAAAGUUACACCCACCCCAGUUCACUCAGAAAACACAUGAAAGCCCACGGCAACAUGUCUCCACUCCCGGAUGAUUAUGAGUCUGACGACCACAGCAUCGGAACAGAAAGCAUCCCGAGCCCGACUACAGAAAAAUCCCGUCAUCUCAUCACACCACCUAGCGUCAGUUCAGACCAGUCAUCUCAACCAGAAGUCAUUCCAGAUGCUCGCUCUUGUUUCAAGGGCGAGCGCGAUCUUGUUCAUAAACACUCACCUAACGCAAGUCCAACUUUGCCCAUCCACCCUGCAGCUUUGCCAGCAUCACAGCCUACCAAUCUGAAUGAGUGGAUGAUUUGUCAAAAUAAUGGACUACAAACGAGCGAGCAUAUGCCUCUCUCCUCUUUUUGUACACAUUUGAAUUCCACGCAUCAACAAUCUUUGAUGCAAUAUACAUAGAGAAAAACUGCGUUAUAAUUGACUACCCGUUGUGCUGUAUAUGAGUUCUCUGUAAUUUGUGCAUGAUAUUAAUAUAUUUGUUGAGUUUGUUCAUUAUGUAAAAUUGAUAUUAUAUUGAAAUUUAAUAAAAUUAUUAACAAUGUU